CACAGGAAAAUGUCGAGGGAAAAUAUCUGUGACAACAUGGAGUUGGCAGAAGCUGAUCCCUGGCCCAAAGGAAACUGUCGCAAAACAUCGGUCCCUUGGCGGCACAGGGUGCGGGGCAUCCUCACUCCGGUCCUUCUCCUCCUGAGUCUGGCCCUGGCCACGUCCCUCCUUGCUGUGACGCUUCUAUAUCUCCGGGCACACAGCAAGCUGCAAGCGGUUGAAGAAGCGGUGGAGAAGCUCCAAGUCUCUCUGCAGUCUGACAACGCCUCAGACGCGUCAGCAAAGGGAUUGGACAGUGUGCAGCUAUUGGAUGAAGCGCAGGCAGGAGUCCAGAUGCUGAAAGACCUGCUGGGUAAUGUCAGUGCAGACCCAGUGCAGAUCAAGAUCCAUCUGGACAUCAGUGCAGCGCGACCAGCAGUCAAAGAUUGCUGCAGUGACGUGCUUACAAAGCUCUCCAGGGGCUGGAGGUUUUAUGGAGGGAACUUUUAUUACUUUUCACAAGGAAGGAAGUCGUGGGAAGAGGCUGAGCGGUUCUGUGUGUCUCAGGACUCGCACCUGACCUCUGUCUCCUCCCAGGCAGAACAGGAGUUUCUCACCAAGGAGUCCAAGGGACAACAUUACUGGAUUGGACUCAUCGACCGGGAGACAGAAGGCAGCUGGCGCUGGGUGGAUGGCACCGAAUACAGAGCAGACGCAAGCAGGGGGUGAGUGAAGCUU